GGGGGGGGCAUUGAUGAACAGCGGCUGCACAGCCAAGGAGCCUGUGUCAAGAUCUGCCGGCAGAGACAGACCAGACCAGAGAACUGCCCACUCUGCCCACUCUAUCUAUCUUCAGAGCGCAUGCACUGAAGUCAAUAUUGUGCGAUGGCUGACAACCUUGAAAGACACUCCGUACAAGAAUGAGGUCCAAAACCAUAGGUACUUAAGUACCUACCUAGGUAGGUACCUACAAUAGGCACUGUACACGCAGUAUAGUGCAUGGGCCUGGCCAGGGACUGGCUGCCAUGGCUGCUCGUUGGGAGUCCGGAGUCCGGACUGACUGGGGCGUCUGCAGGGCCUUCGCCUCCAGGGGGAGGGGGGCAGGUGGGAACGGUCCUGCUAGUCCGAAUGGUCUGCUGUGAUUCGGCAUUCUCUUCUCGUCACCCCUGCAACCGAUCCCCCGAUGCUUUCUGCCCGUCCCCAUGGCCUUUUUCCUGCCCUGCCUGCACCUCUAAUCCAACCUCCCCUUUCCGUUCAACACCGCUCUUGUCAUUGUGCAAUAAACACCCUCGCUUUGUUGUUCACCCCAGUGUUGCUCCUCGUGGCCGCUGCCUGACGCUCGCUUCCACCGCCCUGACACGUUCGCUCCGCCCACAGCCAAAGCAACGAACCCGUCCGAGCCCUCGCCGGCCCCUGAUCCUCGACUCAUCGCACGUCCGCCAAGCCUGUGUUGUGCUCGCCAAUCAUUACACCAGCACGCCCCAACACGUCUCUCGCCAUUACAGUGCUGCUUCACGACCAGACGCCACCACACCGUGGACACAUCGUGGGACUGAUCUAGUUUUGAACGGGUAUUUUGGUUUCGGGCUCCUUGAGGCGGGAGGAGUCGAGAUUUAGGAUCUGAACUGAAAUCGCCGCCCCCCCUGCUUGAGGGCUUUCAUCACUCCGAUCCCAGCCUUCCUGUGGCCCAUCAACAACAACAACAACAACCGCCACCGCCAAUAUGAAGGCCGCACACCUCACCACCGCCCUUCUGUCUCUCGCACCCAUAGCCUCCGCGUAUGCCUGGCCAGAGUGGCUGCCAGAGCUUGAUGCUCUGGUUGUGAGGCAGGACUCUGAGUCCUCCGCAUCCUCGCCAGCACCUACCGCAACUGCAUCCGCAUCUGACGACCCUGCGAACGCCGGCGGCAACCUGAACACGGCAGGCAUCACCUCAUCGGGCGACUCCGAGUCAGCCACCGCGACUGACGAUGCAAGCGGGUCCGCAACAGGCACCGCUUCGGGUACGGCCAAGGACAGGAGCUCAACGGGCAGCAGCAAGAGCUCAAAGACGACGGCGAGCCCAAACCCCGACGACCCGGCCGGCAGCGCCGUCAUAAUGACGCCCCAGACCACCAUCACGAGCGCCCUCUACCGCAUUGGCGAGUUUGUCACCUUGGGCUGGAACUACACAAACGUGCAGGUCACCCCCACCGCAGUCGACGUCGUCAUCUCGUGUACCACCGCCUCCGAGACUUGGACCCUGACGUCCAACAUGACCUAUGAGACCUCGGCUGCCCUGACAUGGGACACGGGUGCCUUCCAGAGCGACUCGGCUCAAAAGCCCCUUCUCGUCGAGCAGUACAUCAUGUACGUCUACGACGCCGACUCGAGCAUUGGUGCAACCGCCGGCCCCGGCGAGCUGACGCCCGCUGCCGCCAUGACCUUUGGCCUGUACACCGGCCAGCCUUACACCCCGCUCGCUAGCGGCUGGGUCUGUGCAACCUGCAGUGGUGCCAUGUCCAGCAGCGAGCGACAGGCCCUCGGCUUCCUGGUCACCGUGGCGGCAAUCACCGUGGCCAGUUUCACUUGGUUCGUGACUGGCGUGUGAUCAUAUCCCGCGCUUCAUACAUGCAACCAUCUAUACAUAUGAGCCUGGCGUGGAACUUAAUGUGUCAUGUCUUGUGAGCACUGAGCGGUAAUGGCGUGUGGAUAUGGUUGAGCGAUUAAAUGGGGCGGUUGUGCAUAUCUAUCUUUGGACGUUUGGGCUGGAAUCGAAUCCACCGGUUGUUUGAGCGGCGUUGGCAUAUCUGGGUUUUCAUCAGGUUUUUUGGGGGCAAAAAGUCCGGCGACACUUUGAGAUGUACUUAUCAGCCCGGCUGCACACUCAUGCAAUCACAUAUAGUAAUGACGCAUCUGGUGUGUUGGGAUGAAAUAUGUGGGGUGGACUAAGGUAGUCGCAAGCAACUACGUAAUGAACAAAUUAUCAACAU